AUGACCGCGCGGGUGCCGCCACCCGUUUCGCCUGCGCUGCAGCCGCGCCUACGCAACGAAGGGGGCCUCCCGAGCGGCCGCCCCCAGAUCCCCUCGACCUACCGCAACACCGUGGGCGACCCGCGCUCCCUGCAGCCCGCCCCCGCCCCCUCCACCGCCACCGCCACCGCCACCGCCACCGCAUCCCAGCCACAACCGCCACCACGACCGACUCCAGGCGGCGGUGGCGGCGGCCUCGGCUCGGCCAACUCCUCUUCGUCGCUCCUCGCGUCUCGCCCCUUGCCCACCGUCGGCAGCGGCAACUCGCCCAAGGGGCCGCGGGCCGCGAGCCCGCCGGCGACGUCGCCCCAGCAGCGGACCAAUGGAGCAGGUGGAGGUGGUACGGGCGGCGGCGGCGGCGGCUACGGCCAGCCGGCCUACUCGCCGGCACGCAUCCGGCGGUCGUCGUCGUGGAAGGACAUCAAGGAGGUGGCCAUGAUGGCGGCCGAGCAGUCCGCUGCGGCCCACGGCGGCACCGGCGGCGCGUCGUCGGGUCCGCACGGAUCGUGGCGCGGCGGCAGCGCCGGGGCGACGGCUGCGGCCCAGGCCGGCGCCACCCUGCGACGGACCAGCUUCUCCAAUGCGCCGGGCAUGGCCGCCACCUCCACCACGACUCCUUCGACGACCUCGUCCACCACCACCGGCUCAGUCCCUCCCCUGAACGCCAGAACCGGAAACCGCCACCACAGCCGCCCAUUCGUGCGGCGCGACUGGCGCUCGAUGCGACAAUUCCGCAGGGAGGACCUACUACGGGGGGGUCCCAUCGUCUCCUUCAGCCCCUCCAACUACGGCACACCACCGGCGGCGGCGCAGCAGUCCACCCAAUCUUCCUCCUUUUCGCCCAGCAACGCCGGCGGCGGCAGCGGCAGCAGCUCUCCCGGCACCACGGCCCGGCGGCGCAGCGCCGACUUCUCGUCGCUCAAGAAUCAGAUCGCGCUCUCCCUGGAGGAGAGGGACACCAACAACGCCUCGCGGGAGAGCAAGGAGAAGGAGGCGCGCGCCGAACUCCUGCGCGAGGUGAGGGAGCACGGCGGGGCGGCCACCGGCGGUGGCGGCGGGGGUGCGAUCAACAACAACUACCGGGCGACGGCCAAGCUGCAAGACUUUGGUAAGAACCUGCUGGGGCGCGCCAAGAAGCUCAAGGGCUCGCGCGUGGGCGGCAAGGACGUGGUGGGCGCCGGCGGCGACGAUGACGACGAGUUCGAGGACGCCAAGAGCAACGCCGGCACCCCGAUGGGCAGCCAGGAGAACAUGCGCAGCAUCUUCGGCCCGGCCGACGUCGCCGCGGCGACCGCCGGCGGUGCCACCAAGCUCGAGCCGUCUCCGCGGCCCAUCAGCGUUUUCCCCGGGCGAGGGGACCAAUCCGUGUUGACGGCCUCGGGGGGCGCCUCGCGUCCGAUUUCCUACUUCCCUCGCGGCGGCGUCGGUGCUGGGUCGGCCGUGGUGCCACCCGUCGCGAACACCUCCGCCGUGGGUGGAGCGACACUGGGCGCGGGGAUGGGCAGCAUCGGCUCGGGCUCGGUGAGCACCAUUCCCUCGCCCAACUCCUCGCCCUCCUCCUUCACCACUGCCUCCUCCAACCCCAACGAAACGCCUCACGAGCGGCGAUCGAAAAUCGCCAACGAGCUGCUGGAGACGGAGCGAUCCUACAUCAGCGCCCUCUGCACGCUCGUCGAUGUGUACCAGGCGCCGCUGCUGGCGUUUGCCAAGGAAACCAUCUCGGAGAUGGCGGACAUCGCGAUGCAGGUCACCCAGAUCUUCCCCGCCGUGCUUCAGCUCAUCCCAUUCAACAGAGAGCUUUUGAAGCGUUUAGAGACUGUAAUGAGUGAGUGGCACGAGAACUCGACCAUUGGACAAAUAUUUGUAGAAAUGGCUCCCUUUUUGAAGAUGUACAAAGAUUAUGAGAACAGCUACAGCCAAACGCUGGACAACUACACCGAGAUGCUCAAGGACCCCGCCUUUCGCGUGCUUGUUGACCAAUUGGACUCCGAUCCGCGGGUACAGUCGUCCCGAUUGGAGUCGAUCAUCAUCAUGCCCAUCCAGCGCAUCCCUCGCUACAAGCUGCUUCUCGAAGACCUCCUCAAGCGCACUCCCGACGCCCAUCCGGAUUGCAAUCUCCUCAAGGAAUCGCUGAAGAAGGUGGACGAAGUCGCCGUGUUCCUCGACUCGAACCUCAAGGAGCACGAGCAGCGCCAGAAGGUGGUGGAGCUCACCGUCAAUUUUAACGCCAGCACGCUGCUGCAGCCCCACCGGAAGUGGCUGCGUGAGGGCGAGGUGGGUCUGCGAGACCCCAACCUGGGCAACCGCGUGAAGAAGCUCCACAUCCUCCUCUUCAACGACAUCCUCGUGCCCACCGUGCUCUCCAAACUCGGCGUCGGUGGCGACAAUAGGCGAGACGUGCUCAACCGGCCGGAGAACCAGUGGCCGCUCGAGCUCAUGUGGCUCAGCGAGCCCGACCUCUCCAUCGGCACAGAGAAAGACAACAAGGGCAAGAACCUGCAGCUGGAGCUUGCGGGACCCGGCACCAACUACUCGCUCAUCUUCAAGACGCCCGAGGAGAGGGAGUCCUGGAAGAAGGACAUCCUCGACGCUCAGGAAAAGCACACCAAGGGCGGACCGAACGCGGCGCUGGGGGACAAGAGGAUCGGGCAGUACGUGUUCAAGAACUCGACCUUCUACCGGGGCGAGUGGCUGCGAGGGCAGGUCCACGGCAAGGGCGAGAUGGUGCAGCACGGCAACACCUACACGGGGAAUUUUGCGAACGACCUCAAGUGCGGUCUCGGUCGGAUGGUGUUCGCGACCAAGGAGGUGUUCGAUGGUGAUUGGGCCAACGAUCUGCCCCACGGACAGGGCACCAUGGAGUAUCCCUCCGGUGACCGAUACGAGGGCGGCUGGAAGGCCGGCCAGCGGUCGGGACACGGCAUCCUUCGGUACGCCAACAAGGACAUCUACGACGGCAACUGGGACGAAAACUACCCGUCCGUGCGAGGCACGCUCACGUGCGCGAAUGGGCUCUACUACGACGGGGAGUGGUUGCACGGCGAAUUCCACGGGCAGGGCGUGCUCACGACGGCCACGGGCAAGGUCUACGAGGGCGGCUGGGCCUACGGCCAGCGCUGCGGGCGGGGCCUGCUGCGGUACUACCACAACGGCGACGAGUCGCUCCUCAUCGAGGAGUACGACGGUGAGUGGCUGGAGGACAUGAAGCACGGCGCGGGCACCCACAAGACUAUCGAGGGCGUCUACACGGGGCAGUUCGUGUACAACUGCCGCGAGGGCGAGGGGUCCAUGCGCUACUCCGACGGUUCCACCUACGAUGGCGGCUGGAAGAAGGACAAGCGGCAUGGCGUGGGCACAUUCCUGGCCGGUUCGUCGCCGUCUCGCAUCAAGAAGUACACCGGCGAGUGGGCCUCCGACAAGAAGAAUGGCAAGGGCGAGAUAUGGUUCACCAACGGCAACCAGUACGAGGGCACAUUCAAGAAGGACCUGAUCCACGGCAACGGCACCAUGAAGUCGUUUGUGAACGGGGCCAAGCUGGAGGGCAAGUGGCUGCAGGGCAACCGCAUGGGCAACGCCAAGCUCACCUUCAAGCCCAGCACCAACGCCGAGGAGACGCGAGAGCUGAACGGCGCGUGCAGGGAGCCGAUGUUGGAGGCCAGGAAGAUGCGCUACGCCCUCGCGCCCACGCUGCCCGACCUCCAGUUCAACGUCACCCUGUAG